CAGUAGUACGCGCGGUGCAGUCAAUCUAAUGGGAACCUAUAAGUUCAAUUAACAGACAUGCGAAUUGUAUCAGAAGAUACAGAAGCACUCCCUCCUCGGUUUAAGGACGAGCACUCGCAAUGCCUGUCGGUGGCGGAAGGAAGUGCCAUAGUAUUACAAGCCGAGCUGGCAGACGCCCCGAAAGACGCCGACUUAGAAAUCGCUUGGUCCAAAAAUGGAGAUCCCUUACCUCCAGAGCUACCAGUUCGGCUAAAAAGUAAACACACCGGAAACCUUGUGCAACUGGCACUCGAUGAUGUACAAAAACAAGAUGCUGGUCUUUAUACAGUCACCGCAAAGUCCCCGUCGGGCAUCGCGAGAAAAGACAUGGAACUGAUGGUCACCACUUUAAACCCACCGGACGACGCUGACACGCCCACAUUUCUACGGCGUCUUAACGACCUUUCUGUGAAAGUUGGAACUCGAACACGAUUUUUAGUGGAAAUUAGAAGUCGCACAGAAUUAACGAUCGAAUGGUUUCACAAUGAUGUACUUGUCAAAGAAGGAGAACGUUUCCGACUGGUGAAUGAAGGCGGUUUCCAUUGCAUUGACCUCGCACCGCUGAUUGCGCAAGAUGGCGGAAAGUGGACGUGUAGAGCAACCAACGAUGCAGGAUCUGUCAAUAGCAAUGCUUAUCUCAAUGUACUUGUUCCAAAAACGUAUAAACCACCCGAGUUCCUCGAAGAACUUCGUGCUCUUCUUACGGAAAAGGGUACCGUUUCGUUGGAAUGUAAAGUUGUUGGCAUCCCAACGCCGCUCCUGCGUUGGUUUAAAGAUGGCAGAGAGAUUAAAGCAGGCGACGUGUUUGCUCUCACCGCUAAUCCGGAUGACCACACCACGCUGGGUACCUACACCUGCGAAGCGGUCAAUUGCAUGGGCAAGGCAUAUUCCAGCUCCAAGGUUCACGUAAUUGGAAGCGGAAGUCGAGAAGGAAGUCUCAAACCACUCGACAGUGUGCCUACGGGACCUCCUCCGAUAUUCUCACGAGAAUUACAAGACGAAUUUGCUAAAAUUGGAGACAAUCUAAUGUUAUCCUGUCAAGUUGCGGUUCCACCUUGGCCCAAGUCCAUCAUUUGGUACAACUCUGAAGGUAAAAUCGAAGAAGAUUCCGAAAACAGCAGAUAUCACCAAAUGGCGGACGGCUUGGGAGGAUACAUGUUAGAAAUUAAAGCGACCGAAGCCGCAGAUGCUGGCGAAUGGAAGUGUGUAGCCAUCAGUAAUGGUGACGCAAAUUCAGUCAGCACAUGUCAGGUUAAGAUGGCGAUUCCAAAACAUUACCGAAAACCAAGAUUUAUGGAAAGCUUAAAAGCUAUCCUAACAGAAGAAGGAUUAGUGUCCUUUGAGUGCAAAGUGGUUGGUUCACCAACGCCAUCAUUGAGAUGGUUCAAAGAUGGCCACGAACUGAAACCAGGCGACGUUUAUCAACUAAGUGGUACCAAUUCCCUCGGUUCAUAUUGUUGCAUCGCCACCAACUGCAUGGGCGUUGCAAACAGUACCGCCGAGCUAACAAUUGAAGAUAUACAGAAUCAACUGAACGAUGAAGAAAAACAACAAUUAAUUCUCAAGAGUCAAGCACCCCGAUUCAUCCAAGGACUUAAAACAUGCGAGGGAAGAAUCAACGAACAUUUCAGAUUGGUUGUUCAAGUGAGCAUUUCACCAUUGCCAUCAUUGGCAUGGUAUCGCGAUGAUCAUCCAAUCGAAAUUGAACCCGAAAAGUAUACAAUGAUCAAAGCCGAUUCGAUUGGCACGUGUCAUUUAGAAAUAACCCGUCUUGAAUUUAUGGAUCAAGCUGAAUGGAAGUGUAUUGCAUCCAACGAGUUUGGACAUACAAUGACUUCCUGCUUUCUUAAAUUGAUUGUACCCAAACAUUUCAAGAAGCCCAGAUUCUUGGAAUGUCUUCGCGCAGUACUCUCCGAGGAAGGAGCGGUUAAUUUAGAAUGCAAAGUUAUUGGUGUACCCCAACCAGUUCUGAAGUGGUACAAAGAUGGCGAAGAAUUAAAACCUGGUGAUAUACACAAAAUUACUUCCGGUGCAAAUGGGACCUGUUGUUUGGGCACAUACACAUGUGAGGCUAAAAACUGCAUGGGUAUUGUGUCAUCUUCAGCAUCACUUCAUGGCUUCGAAGAUGAAACUAAAACUAGAGCGGAACAACAACGUCUGGAAUUACAACGCGUUCCAUCGUUGUCUACAAUUCAUGAAGAACGAACUUCACAGAUGUAUGAUACUCCUCCACAAGGAGACACCUCGAUGACAAUAAAUGACCAUGAAGAAAUGUCAUUUUCCUUUGAUGGUAAGGAAGUAUCUGUGUCACUUUAUGAAACUCCAGAUAUCACUGAAGAAGAAGCAGUGCAAAUUAUCGAAAUGUACGCUGAUCAAUUAUCUGAGCAUGUCACGUCUCAGAAUAUUGUAGAAUUACCACCAAUGCGAUUCAUUAAGGAAACAUCCAAAUCUGGUAAUUUGAUGAUGGAAGCGGUUCUCGUUGAUGUUUCUGAAGAUUAUUUCACAUCAGCUGAAGAAGACCUACGUACUGAGGCGGACGUAGAUGAAAUCUUUUCGAUUUCAGAUGAUUCCAGACCUUUCAGUCCAGAACGUAAUGGAAGCGAUCCUAAACGUCCCCCAAGAAAGAAGACUGAAUCACAGAAGAGCACAUAUUACAGUUUAGUAAAGAAUGGUUCUGGUCGGUCUGAAAAUGGAGAAGAGAGUAUGGCUACAGCUGGAGAUUUGGAAAGUGAAAGUAAUGAAUUCGAAAGUGCGAUUGGUUCCAACAAAAUGCAAGACGCUUUCCAAGUUGCUGCCAUUACUGAAACAACUUCGCUACCUGGAGAUGAUCUUUCCAACAGACAAUCGGUAUCUCCUCAGAACACGCACGAAAUUGGUUCGGAUUUAAGAGUUAACCGUGUGGGAGAAGAUAAAGUUAAACGGCCCCGGCGAAGGCGUUCCAGUCGUCAAUCACUUAGCUCUGAUGAUUCCAAGGAACAAGAUGUCAAACGUAAAGGAAAAGUGCCAGAGAAAGGACGUGAUAUUCACGGUGAAGAAGGUGAUGGAUUAGUAAUUGAUCCAGUUAAACAGAAAGCUAAAAUAAAAGAAAUCAAAGCUUUAGAAAAGUCCGUCUGUCAAAAACUUCGAGAAAAUAUUUUCGAUAUCCAAGGAGAUUUAUUGAAAGUCGAAGAAGAUUUGUUGAUACAAUCAUCAUUGAAAACAACUUCUGCAGCCGCCAACAAAAGUCUCGAGGUUUUGAAUAGCAUUGUACAACCUAUAAAAGAUAUUCAAAUGGUUUUAGUAACAUUAGAACAAAACAGAGACUCGUCGGAUUUGAAUAUUGCAGAAAUAAUUGCACCGCCCAUUUUUGACCUUCAAAAGAAUUUAACAAUUGUUGAAAAAUGUGUGGAAUUGCAAGGACGAGAUCAUACAUUGAUUCAACGCACUUGUUUCAAUAUCAUAAACACAACUAGCAAGAAAUUGCAGGAAGGGCUUAAAUUAAUUGAAGAUAUAACUCUGUUGGAAAAGGAAAUGAUUCCUGUAAAAGCACCUGGAAGACAAACACCGUCAAAAAUAAUCCAAGAAGUCUUGAUUACGAUUCAAGAACUUCAAGGUGGAUUAAACAAAGCUCAUUUCAUUACGGAAGCAAAGAAGGAACUGCAACAAAAGAAGAAGGAAACUGCAGAACCGGUUAAAACGGACAAAGAUAUGGGCGUAUUGCUUAAAUUUGCUGAACCGGCUUUAGAAAUGCAGGCGAUAAUCAGCAACAUUAAAGAACAAAUUUUAGAAAAAGAUGAUUUAGAUGAGGAAUUUAGACAAGAAGUGCUUCACAAUUUAGAAACACCCGUACAAAAAUUGUGUACUGAAAUUGAGCACAUUGAAAACAAAGCGAUUAAAUUUACUGGUCCAAAAUCUUUAUACAAAGAACUACAUUAUGCUUUAUUAGACCAAGUUGCUGCUCCAAUUCAAGAACUUAAACGAUUAUUGGUGGAAGCUUCAGAACCGUUAGAAGAACGUCUGGAGGAAGUGGAGCGCCUGAAAUUAUUGGAAAACCCACUGGAAGAUGUAUUAGAUUCUUUGUCCAAGUUAAGCAAAAACAUUCCUAGCGAUAUAGAAAUGGAAGCAGAACCAUCUGCGUCCAAACAAGAAGUCGUCAAAGAAGUCUUUGACCAAGUUGCACAACUGGUCAUUAAUAAUUUAUCAAGAUCAGUUUACGACUUAUUGUACAACAUAGAAAACGCUCAAAAAUCAGCCAAAGACAAGAAAUUGUUGGAAGCAUUGAGACAAUUAUCAACAUUGCAAAAAGAUUUCGCUAGCACUGUCAGACAUGUAGAGCAAGCCAAAUCAGAACAAGCAAUUUUGGCGUUGGAGAAUUUAGCUCAACCGAUUGAAAUGCUCAACAAUCAAAUUGUUGAAGUACCUAGUGCAUUGCCCACUGAUGUGCUUGAUGAUGUAGUGGCUUGUUUGAGUAUCUUAGAGGAUAGCAUCACUCUAACUGAACCAUUAUCUAAAGAAGCAAAUGAUGGUUUCAUGGAUUUAAAACAACGUGCGCGUGAAGUUAAAGAUAAUAUUUUAGUAUUGACCGAUGAAUGUGUUCCGUUUGAAGAGACUGUCCCUCCAAUUGUCAUGGAAAAAGUCGACGUAUCUAUUGAUCCAAUUGCUGAAGAAGCUGAAGCUGUGGCAAAGCUGGUAGCAUUAAAGAAAUCUAUUGCUUUUAUUGAAUCAAUGCCUCUGUUGAGAAAAGUUGUAAUUCAAGAAGCUCCUACACCCGAAUCUAUUGCUGAAAUGGUUGGUAAUAUUAAAACAAUUGAAGCUACUUUAGCUACAGUUCAAGAUCCUAGACCUCUGGAAUCUUGCGAAGGACUUGAAGUUGAAGUUUAUGAAAACGCCAAUGCUGUUAUCGAAAGUUUGAAGAAAGUAAAACGUGCAACAGAUGUGCUUACAGUUAGUGAAGUUCCUACUGUAAGCAGUCACGAUAUUGAACAAAUUAAAACCAUUCUAGAACCUUUAGGUAAAUUAAAAGAAACACUCCAAAAAGUUGAAAUAGAACAAGAUCCAUUGGUAGCACUGGAAAUUCCUAUAAUCGAGUUGCAAACUUGCAUGGAAUCAACCGAAAUGAAUCUACAAGAUGUUAAAGAAGCUGUGAAGAAUGCUCUGGAAAUUAUUAAUAUCGAAAGAAGUAAUGCUGAAAUUCAAAAUGAAAGUAUUGCACAUUUGCAGCCAGUUAUUAACGUACUUACUAAUUUGAAAGAAGAUCUCGUUCAAAACAAAAAUGUUUUCCCAACUCUAAAAGCUUUGAAGCAAAAUAUUGAAGUAAUUUCAGCUGACUCACCAGUUAAAUAUAUUGCGUAUGCACUUGCUGACCUUACAAAAACAGUCAAGAAAGCUGUCGAAACAGCACCCAGACCUAUUUGUGAAGAAACCAAAGAAAGUUUUGAAACUCUACAAAAGAGUUUGACCAAAUUGGAAGCAAGUCCUUCGUUUGAAACUAAGCAAGGACAAAUUGAAACGUUGAAAUCGGCCGUGGAGGAAAUACGUACAUUGGUUGAUGUAGAUCCAGAGGCUAAAAAGUCUUUAGAGAAUUUAGUCACGUUUGCGCAAGGUGUAACCGCCAGAAAGAUUGUAUUUGAGGAAGCAACCCAAAAGGCAAAUACAGUAGCAUCAGAAUUACAGAAAUCGGCGUCAUUGUCAUCUUCAACCGAGGAACUUAAUAAAAUCCAACAUGCUUUAGUAAAAGUAUUUGAAGUACCACCUGAGCAGGCGCAAGUUUUGCAGCCGAUUAAUCAAAUGAUUGAUGAAAUAUUGUGGCACCCGGUGGAAGAACCACGUAAAAUUUUGUAUGCAAAUAUUAAGGAUGCUGUGAGACCUUUAAAAGCGUCUGUUGACAAAUGCAAAUUUAAAUCUUUAUCAAAGAAAGAUUUGUCAUUAAUCCAAAGUGUUUCGGAUACACUGCAAACUAUAAAUACUUUCAUGGAUAACAAAAUGUCGAUGGAAGAUUUGAAAUCAACUUUAAGUCAAUUUAAUGAAAAUUUGCAAACGGCGGAUAUUGAUUCAGUGAAUGAAUUAUUGUAUCCUGUGCAAAAUUUAACAGUGCAAGCACAAAGCGAUUUGAAUGACCUUAUCGCUAUCGAGCGAGUGUUAAAAGCAGAAAGAGCAAAACAAUCAGUGCACUCAGAACGCGCCCAAGUUCUUGUUCAGAAUGUGGCAACACUUAAAUAUCCAACAAUCAAUAAACAAAACGUAAUCAAACUGCAGAAAGCGCUGAAUAUUCUGCAAAUGAACGCAAAUGAUUUAAUUGACACCUCAUUCACUGAUAACGAUAGAACUAUUCUCAACACAUCAGCACGAUUGCUUGAUAAUCUCAACAAUCAAGUGACUAUUACCGAAAUAGACUCAACGCCUGAGGAAAUAGCGAAAGUGUUGACGGAUGAUUUGAAAGCAUCGUUAGCCCACAUAACCGAAGAGUCUCCCGUUCAUAAUUUAAUCGAAGCAUUAAACUCGAUACUGGUUUCAACGCCUGUUAUAAUUGAACAAAUCGGCCAAGGACGCCGAGACGCUGCCAAGGCAUCGCUCGUGGAAUCUAACUUUACGAGACCGUUGCAACAAUUGGAGAGCGCCCAAAAUCCGAACGACGUUAUUAACACAUACCUUACGCAAAUGAAAACAAGUGCUGGCCAUCUUAUUGAAACAGCACAAGAAAAUAACUUGAAUAAUGAGGAAGCGCAAUACAUGCAACAACUUGAAACAUAUGCCGACAAUCUGGAAACGAUCGUUUCAACUACAGAAGCUAAUAAUUAUCAAGAUGUUGUUCGUAAAAUUGAGGAAGUCACUGAAGACGUUGUUAAUGCCGGUAGUAAUUUGCGAGAAUCGCCUUUGAGGAAUAUUGCACCUAGUAUUAGAAAAAUGUGCAAAAUUGUUAUUAAGGUUUUAGAACCAAUUCAGCAACCAGUGCAGCAACAAGCGUCAGUUGACGAUAAAGAAGUUUUAUAUUACAUUGAUGAUGCAACAGCUCCGCCUGAAAGUGUUCCAGAAUCUGUUGUUGAAGUUGAAGCUCCAAGUUUGUUCCAACCUUUGUUGUCGAUUGUGGAAUGUGUUAAAAAUUCAAUAAGUGCUAUGCAAACAACUGCUACUGUUCCAGAACAAACAGAGACAAUGGUCUCUUUAGAUAAAAAGAUUGAAACAAUAAAGUCUAAGGUUCAUGAGGAGAAAAUCAAACCUGAAAAAUUAACUAUUCAGGAACACAAUGUAAUCAAUUUGUCAGAAAGAAUAAUGGCUGAGGUGAAUAAUUUGCUUCCGACUCAACAAGUUUCGGUUAGCUUCCUAGAGAAUGUUGCUGAAUUACAACACGAAUUGGAAACUCUGGAUGACAGAUCAGCGCUCAAAGAUAUCGCGCAACCCAUUGCACAAGUUGGCGAAAUUUGUGUGCAAGCUGCGCAUACGCAUUUGGCUCAAAGUCAGCCUGUAAUUGUUUCUUUGAAAGAACUACAAGUUAAUGUAAAGAAAAUUGAAGAUCAAAAUUUGCCUGCGGAGAAACAAACAGCACUUGUUGAGUUGGAAAAAUCUAUUGUUAAUUUGGAAACUAACAUUUUAAAAGAAAAUAUUCAAUUUGCUACUUUAACGCAAGAAGAACAAGGUGCAAUGAAUUUUGCGCAAAAAGCGCUUACUACUUUAAGCGCAUGUAUUAAUACUUCUGAUGUGGCAUCCGAAACUACUGAUGAAUUAAAAAGUCAUUUGGUUGAAAAUGCUAAGGCUUCCAUUGAUCAAUUAAGAUUAGCUGUCUUAGCAGUCCCAGAAAUGUCAAGUGUUAAACAUAUUAUGGAACCAUUAGAAGAAACGGCGAAAAAUGUAGUUAAUUUGAUUGAUAACAUACCAGCUAUUUCAGGUUUUACUGAACCUGUCACACCAACUGCUUCUCUUAAUAAUACAAUCGACAAUACAGUCAAAUAUGCUUCUCAGCUUGAAAUGCCUUCGAUUUCAGAUCAAAGAAAGAAAUGCUUUGCGGAUAUUAUUCAGGACAUAUCUGCUGUGCAAGAACAAACAAAAGAAUUUAAUAUUUUAUCGCCUGAAGAUGCGGAAUUAGUCAAAGCAGAAGAGAAAAUCAUACAAGAAUUUAAUUAUUUAGAGAAUCCUCCUAGUAGUGAUUUUGUUAAUACUGAUGAAUCCAAAUCAAAACCACUUUUGGAUUCUAUAGCAGAAACUAGAAUUAUUACUAAUAACCUGCCUACAACAGCAAAUGCACAUCCAAUGUCUGUAUUAGUAAAUAAACUAAUUGUGAAUAUUUUAAAACUGAUUGAACCUGUGCCAGUCGUUCAAGAAAAAGUACUACAAAAACAAGUCAAAGAUGUACAAGGAAAUGUACAACAAUUACAAGAAGGUAUUGCAAAUUUAGAGUUGAGAGUUGAUAGUAAAGUACAAAGAAUACUUACUAACGAAAUGCCGCGUCCACUGACGGCUUUACAAUUCAUUUGCGAUACUGUUGUUGCUGGAAAAAGUGAAAAACUUUCAAGUAAUGAUUUACAUCUCUUGGAAAUGACAUCAGAUUCUAUACAAUUAUUCCAUGCUAUUGUAACUUCCAUCGGAGACGAAUCAAAUACAGAUUUACAGGCAUUGUCUGACAAGUUGAAAGUCGUGAUUGCCAGUAUCAAUCAAGAAUCACAAAUAAAAGAUUUACAAGAACCGUUGCAAGAUAUUUCAAAAACUGUGGACAAAGUAUUAGAACGAGAAAAAACGUUGGCUAAAGAAGAAGAAGAUUCACAACGUGGGAGCAUUAAUAAACUGAGACAUUCUUUGAAGAAUUUGGACAAAAUUAUAGCGAGAGUUGUUGAACAACCAGAUGCUGAACCAAAAUUAUUGGUACUCGAAGAAUUACAGAAACCAUUACUCGCUAUUACUUCCUGUCCGGUAGAACAAGUCAACCAGGUGGAUGUUCAAUGCAUCAAUAAGUUGAUUGACUCAGUUGAGUCUAUAACCAACACAAUUGCAUCAACAAAUGAGUCUGAAAUUAUCGACAAACCGAUGCAAAUUCUCUAUGAUACUAUUUCGGAAAUAUCAAUGCGUCCUGAAUAUAGCACUGACUUGCUAACUGACGAACCCUCAUUUGUACAAGCCAUCAGAACUGAUUUAGAUGACCUGAAGAAAGCUAUUGAGCUAACACAUUUUGUUUUUGAAAAACCAAGAUCAGUUGAAGAUAUUCGUGAAAUACAAAUUAUCCAUGCACCUUUGAAGAACUUGUUGAAAUUUGUUUUGACUAUUAAACAUCAACCGGAAGGUGAUUUAGAUCUGUUCAGUGAAAUACAAGAAUAUCUGCAUGUUCUUCAGAGUAAAUUAUUAGAUUGUGGCGAUGCAAAGUUAGUAAAUGCAGAAAUUCCAUUCUUGGAAACGAUUGGAAAUGCGUUUAAUGAUAUUUCUUCUAUUGCUGCUAACCGUGAUCCAAAAGAACUUAAUUUGGAAAUGUUUGCUAAACCUCUAGAGUCGCUCCAAACUAGUAUCAUAACAAUUUGUACAAAAGUCGUCUUUACGGACCUUUUAGAAGAGUCUAUUAUACAAAAAAUCGUGGAGCCUUUAGAAAAGAUCACCGUCGGCAUAAUUAGCAUCAAUAGUUUGAGACAAGAUAGAAAACUAGUUCGAAAAACAACUGCGGAUAUGGUUAACAAUAUCAAGGACAUUGAUGUUAUGUUACAACAACAAGAAAACAUUUCAAUUCUAUCUAAACCUUUGAUUAGCAUCGUCCAAAAUAUACAAGAACAUAAAGGAUUACUGAAUGUUGAAUCAUUCGAUUUGGAUGAAAUGAUAAAAACAUUAAAAGACGUAACUAAAGUACCUGAUAUUGAUAAAAACGUAAAAAGUCACGUUCACUCUUUGGAACUGAACGCAGCAACGGUGAAAAGAAAAGUCGUUGAAUCUAGAUGACUUCAGAAAGCUCUUUUGCUUUCUGAACCUAUUGAACAUAUCCUGAAAGCUCUUAAACAAUCCUCUAAAGUGACAACACAACCAAGUGAAGCAACUAUUAGCGAAUUAGCACUGGUUGUAAAUCAGUUAAAUGAUAAUAUUUCAACAAUAAAAACUAAUGAAAACACCGAUGAGAUUCAAACUGCUGUUAUAUCUCUGGAAGAACCUUUGCUUCAAAUCAAACAGGCUUUGGAUAUUAUAACUUCUCAAGAAGCUGAAGAUAUCAAAGAGUUGGAGCAACCUUUAAAUCAAUUAGCGAAUGUAACCGCGAAUUUGGUAGAUGAACAAAUAUCUGUUUUGUCGAUAAUUCCCGAAUUGAAUCUAAUUAAAGAGAAAAUUGAACAUAAAGUUGCAAAUUUACCAACAUCCGCUAAUGUAGAGGUGAUUAAAGAACCACUGCAAGCACUAGUGGCAGAAAUUGAUAAAUCAACUCGUGUUUAUGAAAAGCAGCUUGUGGAGGAUGUUAAGAAACCUUUGCACUUGAUUCAAGUCAGUAUUGAAAAUCUUGUUCAACAAGAAAAGCCGUCACAAGGCAUUUUAAGUAUUAUAGAAAUUACCACGCCAAUUGCUGAAUUGCAAGAAAAUUUGGAACAGUUGCAAAGUCUUGAUCAAUGCAGUCUAGAUGCUCUUAAAGUAAUUCAAGAACCAUUAGCAGAAUUAGCACAAGCUAUUGAGGAAGUUGUGGCUGUUCAAGAAGCACCCAAAUUUAUUGAAAAAUUAAGAUUCUCAAAGAACAGUUGGAUGUGUCAACACAAGAAAUUAAAAUUGCUGCCAUUGAUAGCUGUUAAAGCAAAACUGGAAGAAAUUGAAAUAAUGCUUAAAGGUGAAGAAAGUCCUGAAACAAAACCAGAACCAAAAGUAAAAGAAGUUAAAGUAGAAAAAGAGGUAAAAGACGAAGAGAAAAAGGUGAAAGAAGAACCUGAAGAGGUAAAAAGUGAACCGGAAAUUGUAAAAGAUACACCGGAAGUGGUGAAGGAAAAACCGGGCGUGGUGAAAGACGAAGCUGUAUUGGUGAAAGGCGAACCGGAAAUGGUGAAAGAUGAACCGGAAGUGGUGAAAGAUAAACAAGAAUUGACAAAAGAUGAACCUGAAGUGGUGAAAGACAAACCGGAAGAGACAAAAGACGAAUCGGAAGUAGUAAAACUCGAACCAGAGGUAGUACCUGAAGAAAAGCCAGAAGAGAAAAUACCAGAUGAAAAACCUUUAGUUGUAAAAGAUGAGAUUAAAGAAGAAGCUAAACAAAAACCAACUACAGAAGCAGUUGAUGAUGAAAAGAUAUACAAGAAAGCUAUUAAAAACAUUAAAUUUCCAUUUUAUGAAAUACACUCUCAGAUUGUAGAGGUGAAAAAACGUGUACCUGAUAUAAAACAAGCCAUCCAAGGAAUUCCACAAAUUAUUGAGUUGCUUCCGAAACUUGAAUCAUUUUGUAAUAAAAUUGAUACAGUUAAAAUUCCUGGACCACUGAUUCAAGUUUUCACUGAGAUUCAAACACCAUGCCUAGAAGUAGCUUCAUCGUUAGGUUCAAUUUUGAAUAUUUUAAAUAAUGAAGAAGCAGUGGAGAAACAAAAACCAGACCUUGCUAAAAAAUUAAUAGAUUUGAAGCAAGAACUUAAUAAAUUAAUACAACAUGCUGACACUAAGGAUUUGCCGGUGCUGUUAGAAAAGUUGGUUGAAAUUGAAAAACAAGUAGGUAUUAUUAUUGCUGCGCUUGAAGAAAAGAAACAAGCCACCCAAGAAGUUGCAGAAGUUAAACAAAGUGAUUAUAGUUCCCUGAAACAACCACUAAAACUUCUACAACAGGAAGUCAAGGAACUCAAAGCAAAAGAAACAGAAAUAAAACAAACAAGCGAAAAAGGUAUCAUGUCAGUAGCGCAAUUAGAAAAACCCAUUGCGGCGAUGUUGGAGCAUGUUGCAUCUUUGGAAGCUGAAAACAUCGCUUCAGAAGAGUUGCUUAAAUUACCUGAAUCCAUUAAUAAAGUCACCACCGCAAUUACUAACGUGGUAGAAAAUUUAACAUCACCUGAAGAAGUAACAGCCAAGAAACUUGAAUUAUGUCAAGCAAUUGAUGAAUUACAGAAAGUAGCAGAUGCAGUUCAGACUACUCAAGAUGUGCAGCAAUUACAAGCACUCACAACUACAAUUGCAGAAAUUAAGGAAGCCUUAGAACCAACCGAAAAGGUAGAACUGUUUGAUAUCAAAGGAUCAAUUCAUGAUCUACAGCAAACAAUUCAAAGUCUCUCUGACACUCCCUCUGAGGAAUUAUCUAUGGCCCGCGAAGAAAUAUUGAGUGUUAUGCAGUUGGAUAAACCUUUAGUUGAAUUACUAGAAGGAAUUAUUUCAUUGGAAAGCGUUGAAAAGGAAUGCGUUAAAGACUUUGAAGUCCUAGCUUCACCAUUAGAAAAUCUGAACGUGAUCUUAACGGAAGUUAAAGCUGACCUCUGUGACCCAGCUAAAGCAGAGCAACAAAAAGUAAAGUUACAGAAAGCUCUCUUGGAAUUAAAAGAAGGCAUUGAUAUUCCGCAAAUUCAACAAAUCAGAAUUACUGAAGAGCCUUUGCUUUCUCUAUCAGCAGAAAUUUCCAAUUUGAAUGAAGCUUUAAAGCCAAAAGAGAAAACAAAUUUGAACAAGAUUAAAGUCACUAUUGUGGACUUGGAAAAGGAAGUGAACAGUAUGCAUUUGAAAGUAAGUCAAAUUGAAGCAACGCCAAGUCAAGGAUUGUCUGCUGUAAUGGGAAUGGGAAGUCAAUUAGAAGAACUUGUUGCAAAUAUUUCAGUGGUUGAAGCAAAUCCGGAAGCAGUCGUGAUUUUAGAUGAACUUGUGCAACCUAUAAAUGUGGUAUCAGCCGUUAUUAAAGAGUGCACCGAAAAAUUAAACUCGCCGAAAGAUGUCCAGGCUGAAGAACAGCAGUUGUUUGAUAAAUUAUUGCCAUUGAAGCAUAUUAUUGAAAAAGCACAGGUUGAUAUGGCUAAAAUUCAAGGGGCUGAAGUUGUGGACGUGCAACUUCAGAAAUUAUGUGCUACAAUUGCAAAUAUAGAAGGAGAAAUUGUUAAAGAUAAAAUUAAAAAGAUAAAAUUGCCUUUGCAAAAGUUACAGUUGAGUAUUGAAGCAAUUGCUUCAAAACCACAAAUCACCGAAGUUGAAAAAAAUAUUAUUCUUACUGCUACCAAAUUGAUUUUACCAUUAGAAGAACUACAAGCUAACAUUUCUUCUGAAACAUCUCAAUUUGAGUCUAUAAAUGCCUUAGAAACGCCUGCAAAUGAAUUGACAACUGCCUUGACAGAAAUUUCUGAAGAACUAGAAAAAUCUGGUUCUACUAAAUCGAGUAAAGCUGAUGUACAUGACGCCAUUACUAAACUUAAGUCCUCCAUUGAAAAUGUUAAGGCAGAGCAAUCCCAAAACGUAAAAAUAUCAGAACCAUUGCAGUCUUUGAAUGAAGCACUUGUCAGUUUUGAUUCAGCUUUAACCAAGGAAAAAUUAACUUUAACUGAAGUAAAACUUCCACUGGGAAGUAUUCAACAACAAAUUGAUUCGAUGAAAAAUAUUCCUCAACAAUCUAAAAUGUCAAUGAUAUCACUUGAGGCUCCAUUACAAGAAGUGUUACAGUCUGUUCAAAUGGCUGAAGAGACACAGAAAGAAGAUCAAUGUGAUGCUCUGAAAGAAUUGGAGCAACCACUUCAUAAUCUAGCAAAUGUUUUACAACAAGUUACAAAUGUGCUCGAAAAUCCAGAAAAUAUUAAGGCUGAAAAAGUGAAACUAUGCCAAGCUUUAGAGGAAAUUAAAACAGAAAUGGUUACCCAUGAUUUGUCGAAACCGGUUGCAGCAAAAUUAACAGACAUUGAACAAGAUUUACACAAAGCUGAAAUUAGUUUCAAUGUUAAACAAACAAAAGAAAAAUUAACUCUCUUGACGAAUGAGUUGAAUGUGACAAAAGUAAAGUUGGAAGAAGUUAAGCCAAAAGCUCAGAAAGCUAUUUCUGAAAUGUGUGAACUUCCUACAGUGUUAAAUGAGCUUUGCCAAAAGUUGGAAGAACUCGAACAAAUGCCAGGGUCACAGUCAAAUUGUGACUUGGCCGAGGAAUUGAAAAUGAUUGAAUUGCCAAUUCAAGAACUUGCACAGGAAUUGACAAAAUCAACAAAAGAUGUUAGUAAAAUUGAGAAUAAAACUAAAUUAGUUAAAGCAAUUUCUACUUUAGUGGAAACCGUUGAUAAUUUGGCUUCUAAACCAUCAGUUACCAACGUGCCAUUAAAUCCGUUGUCUGCUCAAUUAUCGGUUAUUAAAGAACAAUUAGAGAAUGAAACAAAACGUGAUAAAGGAAUCGCCGAAUUGCAGAAUAUGAAAGUUGUCUUAAAUGACUUAAAUACUAAACUAAACAAUGUUAAGGAACAGGAACACAAUGUCAAAGCACAAUCUCAAAAAGGCAUUUUAUCACUCUGUGAAAUUAGUCAACCGCUACAAUCGGUGCAAAACUUAAUAGAUGCUCAAUUGAAUGUGGAGGAUUUAAAUCAAGAAUUGAUUGAACUUCAGAAUCUAACUGUAGUACAGGAACCAAUCAAUAAACUAAGCGCUAAUAUUGCUGAAAUUACUACAUUGUUAGCUCAACCAAAACAAUUGCAAGAAGAAAAGGCUAAGAUUUUGGCAGCUAUUGAUAAUGUCAAAACAACUAUUGAAAAGAUUCCCAUUGCAUCAAACAAAUUAGAACCUAUCAAAACUUUGAAAGCAUCCAUUGAAAAUGUCCAGAAAGCAAUUAAUGCUAUGGAAUACUCUCAAAUUCCUAUCAAAAAUGUUGUUGGCAUUAAAGAUAUGAUCACAACAGUGCAAACUUUGGAUGAGAGUAUGAGUGUAAUUCAAGGAAAGAGCCGAAAAGACAAUGUAUUUGAAUCACUGGCAUUAUUAUCGAAACCCAUAAAAGAUCUCAAUCAGGAAUUGACAACUAUUGCUGAAAUUUUACUUGAUGAGUGUGAUUCUACAGAAGUAAACGUUGAUUAUGCAAAAUUAGACCUGAUUCGAAAUAAUUUAACAGAGUUUGUUGAUAUAUUGCAAGAAGCUUCAAAACAAACUUCAGAAAAAGUACAAAAGAAUAAAGCACUUAAACAGAAACUAAAAGAAUUAAAGUCCUGUUUAAUUAGUGUUGCACCAACAGGACAAUUUGUUUCUUUAACCAGCCACUUAGGGAAUUAUUCGAAACAAAUUGAUGUGGUCUUACAAAACUUCGAAAAACUGAAUGAAAAAGAUGCUAUUCAGAGCCUUGUGUUUAGUUUUAGCAACGCAAUUGAACCAUUGGAUAAAAAUAUCAAUAUGAUAAAAGAUAAAGGAAAUCAAACGGUGAAAAUAUUGUUUGGUAACUUGGAACAGCCCUUGAAAGAAGUUGAACAAUGUAUUAUGGAUUUCAGCGUACAGGAUACCCGAGAUAAUAUUAUAAAUAAAACGAGUAAAUUUGUUCCGAUUUGUAAGCAAAUUGUGGAAAUUACGAGCGCAACUAAAAAUAGAAUUGAUGAUAAUGACGAUGGAAAAUUAUUGAAGAAAUCUUUAACGUCUGUUCAAGAUAAUUGCGAGCAAUUUUAUUCGGCUAUUAAUGAUUGCUGUUUAAAUAAUACUAUAUUGGAAAAUUGUGAUCAUCUAACCGAUGCAAUGAGUAAAUUGUAUGAAACAUUGAUAGCGACUAAAUACAGUGACAGUUCGCAAGCGUUGGAACAAAUCCAAGAAAAGGAAAAGGCUGAGGAGGAAACUAAAUUACAACAAGAUAAUGAAGAACAAGAAAUUGCUGAGAAGGAUAAUGAAAACCAGUGGAUAAAAAGAAGCAAAGGAAAAUGCCGAAAAAGAAGCUCAAUUACAAGCAGAAAAAAGGCAAUGGAAGCUGAAGAAAAAGCUAAGUUAGAGGCUGAAAAAGAACUCCGAGAUAAAUCAGAAAAAGAGGCUAGAGAAAAGGCAGAAACCGAAGCUAAGUUACUUGCUGAAAAAGAAGCUAAAGAAACAGAGAAUGAUGCUAAAUUACAAGCGGAAAAGGAAGCAAAGGAAAAAGAAGAAAUGGAAGCCAAAAAUAAAGAAGCCAAGUUGCAAGCUGAGAAAGAAACCAAAGAGAAAGCAGAGAAAGCGGAGAAGGAAAAAGCGGAGGCAGAAGCAAAAUUAAAAGCUGAAGAAGAAGCCAGGAUACAAGCAGAAAAAGAAGCUAAGAAUAAAGCUGAGACUGAAGCCAAAGAAGCAGAAAAAGAAGCCAAAAUAAAGGCUGAAAACGAAGCUAAAUUGUUGGCUGAGGAAAAAGCCAUGGAAGCAAAACAAGCUGAUAAUGAAGCAAAACUUCAAGCUGAGAAAGAAGCUAAAGAAAAGGCCGAGAAGGAAGCAAAAUUGCAGGCUGAAGAAGAAGCCAAAAAAGCAAAGAAAAAAGCCGACCAUGAAGCAAAACUUCAGGCUGAGAAAGAAGCUAAAGAAAAGUCUGAGAAGGAAGCUAAAUUACAAGCUGAGAAAGAGGCCAAGGAGAACUCUGAAAAAGAAGCUAAAUUACUUGCUGAAGCCGAGGCUAAAGCAAAAGCUGAAAAGGAAGCCGAAGAAUUAAAAGCAAAAACAGAAAAAGAAGCUAAACUGAAAAUGGAAAAGGAAGCAAUAGAAAAAGCUGAAAAGGACGCCAUUGAAAAAGCUGAGAAAGAAGCCAUGGAAAAAGCUAGCAACGAUGCAAAAACUAAAGCUGAGAUAGAACUAAAAGAAAAAGCAGAUAAAGAAGCAAAGGCUAAGAAGGAGAAAGAAGCUAAAGAAAAGGAAGCGAAAGAAAAAGCAGAGAAAGACGCAAAAAUAAAUGCGGAAAAAGAUGCUAAAGAAAAGGCUGAAAAGGAAGUAAAAAUAAAAGCAGAACAAGAAGCUAAACUUCAAAAAGAAAGAGAGACAAAGGAAAAAGAAGAAAUAAUCAAAAAAGAGAAAGAAGAAAAAGAAAAAGCAGACAAGGAAGCAAAAGAAAAAGCAGAGAAAGAUGCAAAAAUAAAAGCAGAAAAUGAGGCAAGAAAAGAAGCCAAAGAAAAUGCUGAGAAAGAAGCGAAAGUAAAAGCAGAGAAAGACGCAAAGAUAAAUGCGGAAAAAGAAGCUAAAGAAAAUGCUGAAAAUGAAGCAAAAAUAAAAGCAGAGCAAGAAGUCAAACUCCAAAAAGAAAAAGAAGCAAAGGAAAAGGAGGAAAUAAUCCAAAAAGAGAAAGAAGCAAAAGAAAAGGCAGAAAAUGAAGUAAAAGAAAAAGCAGAGAAAGAUGCAAAAGAAAAAGCAGAAAAAGACGCAAAAGUAAAAGCGGAAAAAGAAGCUAAAGAAAAAGCGGAAAAGGAAGCAAAAAUAAAAUCAGAACAAGAGGCUAAAAUCCAAGAAGAAAAAGAAAUAAAGGAAAAGGAAGAAAAACUUAGAAAAGAGAAGGAAGAAAAAGAAAAGGCAGAUAGUGAUGCCAAGAAAAAGGCUGAAAAAGAAGCUCAAGAAAAAGCGGAAAAAGAAGCCAAAGAAACAUCUGAGAGAGAAUCCAGAGAGAAAGCUGAAAAUGAAGCCAAAUUAAAGGCAGAGAAAGAAGCUAAAGAAGCAAAAGAAAAAGAGGCUAAAAUGCAAGCCGAAAAAGAGGCAAAAGAAAAAGAAGCCAAAGAAAAUGCUGAAAAAGAAGCCAAAAUAAAGUCUGACAAAGAAGUAAAAGAAAAAGCUGAAAAGGAAGCUAAAGAGAAGGCAGAAAAAGAAGAGAAAAUCAAAGCUGAAAAUGAGGCGAAAGAAAAAGAAGCCAAAGAAAAUGCUGAAAAAGAAGCCAAAAUAAAGGCUGACAAAGAAGCAAAAGAAAAAGCUGAAAAGGAAGCUAAAGAGAAGGCAGAAAAAGAAGAGAAAAUCAAAGCUGAAAAUGAGGCGAAAGAAAAAGAAGCCAAAGAAAAUGCUGAAAAAGAAGCCAAAAUAAAGGCUGACAAAGAAGCAAAAGAAAAAGCUGAAAAGGAAGCUAAAGAGAAGGCAGAAAAAGAAGAGAAAAUCAAAGCUGAAAAUGAGGCGAAAGAAAAAGCUGAUAAAGAAGCCACAAUAAAAGCCGAAAAUGAAGCAAAGAAAAAGGCUGAAAAGGAAGCAAAAUUAAAAGCUGACCAAGAAGCCAAGGAAAAAGAAGAAAAAGAAGCAAAAGCAAAAGCAAAGAAAGAAGCAAAAGAAAAAGCUGCCAAAGAAGAACAGCUAAAAGCUGAAAAGGAGGCAAAAGAAAAAGCUGAAAAAGACGCAAAACUAAAAGCCGAAAAGGAAGCUAAAGCAAAAGAAGCCAAAGAAAACGCCGAAAAAAGAAGCAAAUUACAAGCUGAAAAGGAAGCUAAAGAGAAAGCUGAAAAGAAGGCGAAGGAAAAAGAAGAAAUGGAAGCAAAAGAAAAAGCAACAAAAGAGUCUAAAUUAAAAGCAGAAACCGAAGCAAAAGAAAAAGCAGAAAAAGAAGCGAAGAAAACAGCCGAAAAGGAAGCAAAGAAAAAAGCCGAGAAAGAAGCAAAAAUAAAACAAGAAAAAGAAGAAUACGAACGAGCAGAAAAACUAGCCCAAGAAAAAGCCGAUAGACGAGCAAAGGAAAAAGAAGCAAUUAAAAAAGCAGCAAAUGAAGCCAAUGAAAAAGCCGCAAUUGAAGCCAAAGAAAAACAUGACAAAGCAGUCAAACAAAGAGAAGAAAAAGAAAUAAAAACCCAAAUAGAAUUUGAAACUAAAACAAAAUCACGCGAUGCUAUUCCUCAAGUUAAUAUAAGUUACGAAGACACAUCUAUCCGAGAAAGACGUGGGCGCAGCCCAGUCAGAGAACGGGCCCGUUUUACAGGUCGCGAUAAUUUCACAAACGGCAUGGACCAGUAUAAACCCUCACGUUAUCAAGGCUCACGCUUUGUCGAAAGAAAACCAACAUUCACAACCUCAUUAACAAAUCGAACAGCCACCGCAGGCACCAGAGUAAAACUCAUGUGCAGUGUCCUAGCCACCGACGGAGCAAAUAUAGAAUGGCAGAAGAAUGGACAACCAAUUGAUAAAGACUCAAACUGUGUCAGCUCCUAUGUAGAUGGUAUUGCCACAUUGGAAUUCUUCAAUACCACCACAAGUGAUACCGCUGAAUACACUUGUAUUGCAAGAAACGGUCAUGGUUUCAACUCCACCAAAGCAGAACUCAAAGUAUACGAAGGUUUCGAAGCAGUUCCAAUCCCACCAACAUUCACAAGGCCCAUUCGGGAGCAGUAUAGAUGUGCAGACAAUCAAUUAAUCUUGGAAUGCCGUCUAAGAGCACAUCCAACACCUACCAUCAUUUGGUUCAAAGACGGUAAAGAAAUUACAGCAAAUGAUAAAUACAAACUUUAUUAUCUGGCUGAUGGAAUUUGUAAGCUUGCAAUUGAGAAUCCAGAUCCAGUUGAUUCAGGGUGUUACUCCUGCCGAGCAGAAAACAGCUCGUGGAGUGACCAAAUAUCACACUACAUCAAUUUUGGUGGUAAGAACGAAUUUAUUUCUUCACGCAGUGAUAGAAGUUAUUCAGCAAAAACCUACACUGAUACCAGAAGACCACAUUUGAGUAAUGUGCUUACUGAUGCGUAUAUACCAACUGGAGGUGUGCUAGCACUUCAAGUUGAAGUCAAGGGUACCCCCACUGAUAUAAAAUGGUAUAAAGACUCUGAAGUUAUACCGAAAUCAUCACAAAGACAUAAGAGUUUCCAUGAAAGCGGAGUUUAUACACUAGUCUUCCCCAAAGCCCUGGAAUCUGACAUAGGAAAGUAUACCUUCAAAGCUGUCAAUACCUAUGGUAAAAUUGAAACCUCCGCAUAUGUGAAUGUUGUAAACCCAUCUAACAUCCACGAUGGUAAACCAGCAAUGUUUUUAUCUCGACCACCUACAGAUCUUAGUGUAACCAACUGUGAAGAUAUAACUGUAUCAUUCAGACUAGCAGGUGACCCGAAACCAAAGGUCACCUUAAUGAAAGGAUUAAAAGAUAUUACCAACAGUCAUAGAUGCAUGAAAUUCACAUCGGAUGAUUACAUCCGUUUUAGCUUGAAACGGGCGACUGAAAAUGACACGGGUACCUAUUGUAUUCUGGCGAAAAAUCGUUUCGGUUGCGAUCGCGCAUUCUUCACCGUUAAACUGCGCCAGCGAGCGAGGUCGGCGUCUCCAUUCAAAAGCAGAAGUGGAGCUGAAAUACUUGACGAGAUCCCAAGCUAUCAGGAACGGCAGUAUCUCAAAGAUGUCCCUGGACCAAUCUCCACUUUACCCUUCGUCAUCGACACUGGUAGAAACUGGAUUUCUUUAUCAUGGGGCAAACCAGAUUCUCGUGGUGCCGCACCCGUUCUUGCCUACAAAGUGGACGCAUGGCAGAAAGGUGGUGAGACAAGAUGGGUGGAAUUAGGCAUGACGCCGAUAAACAGUUUUGAUGCAUUCAACUUGACACCGGAUGCGGAAUACCAAUUUAGAAUAACGGCGCGUAAUCGUUACGGCUGGGGUGAAGCAGCUACCAGUGAACCGAUUGUGGUUGGACGCCAUGUUGAAUUACCGGAAUUUAUCAAAAUAUUAUCUGGACAUUCGAAAGCUCUGCGUGGAACUACAUGCGAGUUUGAAUGUCACAUUAGGGAUAACACUAACGCAAAGAUAAGAUGGUAUAAAGACGGAUUUGAAUUAAACCCAAGCGAGAAUCCAAGAAUAGCGAUAAACAAUAACAACGGUAUUUGUUUAUUGACUAUCACAAAUGUACGUCUGGCUGAUGAAGGGAGAUAUUCGUGUGAAGCGAUUAAUAAAAUUGGUCGCGUUGCUAGCUUUUUACGAGUAUCUGUUGUCUCCGAUCCGAAAUUAUUAGUAGCUGAUCAAAACUUGAAAAAAGCUUUGGAAGAUAUUAACGUUGAUGUUCCACCUCAGUUUACAAUGAGACUUCGUGACAGACGUGUACAAGCUAGUUAUCCAGUUAGACUCACGUGUCAAGUAUCUGGACAUCCAUCCCCGUCAGUAAUAUGGACCAAAAAUGGAGUCGUAUUAUCAAUGGACAACAAUAGAGCCGCUUGGGCAGAAAAUAACUUCCACACCUUAGAAUUUUUCAAAACAUCACAAUCAGAUUCGGGUAUUUACGGAGCUAUUGCCAAAAACUCGUUCGGAUCAGUAUCUUGCAAAUGUAAAUUAGUUGUGGAUGAAGGAAUCAAAGCCUAUCUGGCACCACAAUUCAAAGGCACUUGUAAUCCAGAAAAAGUACAACUUAACGAAGGCGAACAACUACAUUUAACAGCAGUCGUAGAGGCUUAUCCUACUGUAGUUGUAGUUUGGUACAGAAAUGGCAUGAGACUCAGACCAUCCCGGAAAACUGUCACAACUCUCUCACACGAUGGACGAAUUGAACUCUCUGUUGGAUCUGUAUGUGCAUCUGAUGCUGGUGUAUAUACUUGUGUAGCGACAAAUGAAGUAGGCAGAGCGGAAACUUGUUCUACAGUUGAAAUUUCUGGCAAAUUCAAAAGCCUUGAAGAAAGCGAGGAAAGCGAAGAAGCUAUCCAAAAAGAACAACGUGAAUUACCAUAUUCCAAGGAGCCUUCCUUCAUAACCAAGCCAAUGAACACGAGUGCGUACGAAGGCGAUGACAUUGUUAUUUUAUGCGAAGUGAUCGGCGAUCCCAAACCUGACGUGCUCUGGUUGCGCGACUUCCUUAAGCCGGAAUAUUACAAGGAUGCGGCACAUUUCCGGCGCGUCGGAGACGGUCCUGAGUAUCGUCUUGAGAUCCCGCAUGCAAAGUUCGAUUUCACAGGGACGUACACGGUCUACGCGAAGAACUGCCACGGCGACGCCAAGGCUAUAAUUUCUCUGCAAAUUAAAGCCAAGGACUUGCUAGCCGAUAGCGUUUCAUCUCGCAGACUCGGCAACGUCCAAACACUACCUAGGAUUGUAAUACCCUUAAAAGACAUUCGCUGUUGCGACACGGAUUCAGUUUCCUUCGAAUGCAAAGUCGGAGCCACACCUGCACCCAAUGUUCGAUGGGAAAAGAAUGGAAAAAUUAUUCAUUUGGACGAAGACUUCAAAUCGGACUUUGAUGGUGAGGUUGCAAAGUUGCUCAUUCGUGAAAUCUACCCGGAAGACGAAGGGGAAUACAGUUGUGUCGCUUACAACGAUUUAGGGAAAGCAGCUACAUCAGCUUGUCUCAUAGUUGAUGUUCCUGAAGCAAGAGAAACCAUCUUGAGUGAUCAACAUUUAAGUCCAAACAUACCCGGUGUUGAUGAAUCUACAACUGAAUCAGUUGCUUCAUCAGGAUAUCGCCGCACACCAGCACGUAGUGUUUCACCAAGAGGUAGAGUACGCGAGGUGACUCCACGUCGGGCACCAAAGGUACCACGUAAUCGUUGCAUACCACCACGAUUCUUCGCAAUUCCAAGGAAUAAAGUUGUUGAAGAAGGUACCACUGUCCGCCUGCAAUGUUCUGUCUUUGGUCAUCCUGAUCCAUGGACCGUUUGGGAUAAAGACCGCAGAGUAUUGAACCAUGACGGUCGCAUCAGUAUCAAAGAAGAGGAUGAUCUACGAAUUUUAGAGAUUCGUGAUUGCGUCGCCAAAGAUUCAGGUCUCUACCGAGUGGUAUUAGAAAACGACGUAGGUCGAAUCGAAGCAUCCGCUCGUGUGGAUGUCAUUGCUCACUACCAUCCGCAUUCGGACGGUGUGAGGGCAAACAGCGAGUCACCUCUGCAUCCGAAAUUCAGACGAUUUGCUUUUGGCAUCACGCCCAUUCCGAGGAUAUAUCACUACAACGAGCAUAGACACGCCAGAGCAUUGUCAGCGCCUUAUUAUCGUAGGACUUUUACAUCGAGCACAACACAAUCAACCCACUUGAACGUACCUGCUGUUAAUGAUAAUAUGACAGCGCCAGUGUUCUUCGAAGAACUACCGCCUGUGGAGCACUCCUCAGUCGGGGCGGAGAUUUGCAUGAAAGUAAAAGCAAGCGCUGGAAAGUCUUAUGAUGUGGUAUGGAUGAAAGACGGAUGUGUGCUGCCGAAUUGCAAAGAUUUCCAGCAAAGAGAUGACGGACACGGUAAUAUUUCACUGGUGAUUCCACGCACAUCCGCCAACGACGCGGGUGCCUACAGGUGUGAGGUAUAUAAUCUUUUUGGCGACGCCAUUACGAAGUGUAGGCUAAUCGUCCGGGGUGAGUUGUCGAAUGUGAAGAAUAAAUUUGUGGGUAUUACAGAGAAAUGUAUGACGCUUCCAAAGAAUAAAGACGAGAUACUGGAAUUCGUUAAGUCGCCCAGUCCACUUGUCGCCGUCGUCGGUAAAUCCGUCGCAUUCUGUGCGCGAUACCGAGCGCAUAAAACGCCGACAAUAACUUGGGAAGUCGCCGGACGUCGCAUACACAAAGACGAUAAGAGGUUUGAGAAGUCACGUUCGUGUCCACAGGUAGAAGAACACGAAGACGUCAGCAUACUUCGCAUCGCGGGAGUGACACAUGAAGAGGCCGGCACGGUGCGUUGCAUCGCUAGUCUGCCUUCGGCGAGCUCGCGGGCGGGAGAACGGCGCACGAUCACGCCGACCCACAACAGUCGAUUAGCCGCGGCCGACGAUUACUCCACGCUCUCGACCAGCUGCAGCACGAUUCUCCGCGUUGUUCAAACGAUCGAUGCGCAUCGUGCGGUGAAACGACAUCGGCAAAUUCGCGAGGACCGCGCGCGCGGUGAUGACGGCAGGAUGAAAAACGUGCUAGCUGGGGUCGAAUCGGCGCCCGUCAUCAUCAAAGGCCCGCAGGACGCUAACGCGCUCGUUGGUGAUAGGGUGCUGUUGAAGAUUACCUACACUGGGUCACCGCCACCGACUGUCAAGUGGACAAGAGCCGGACGUGAGCUGAAGAACGACGAACGCACUUGCAUCACUUCGAGCGACGGCCAGUGUUGUCUGCUGCUGCAGAAUAUUACGACGGACGACAGUGGAAAAUACGACGUUUGCAUAGAGAACAAGUUUGGCGCCGAUGCACAUUAUGCUUCUGUUUCUGUUGAAGGACCACCAGAUCCACCAAACGGCAAACCAUGCAUAUUGGCAGACGGAGCCCAAACCACCGUGACAUGGAGCAGCUCACCGUACGACGGUGGUUGCAAAAUAACCGGAUACACAGUCGAAUACUCAUUGGCCGGUAGCGAAAUUUGGCACACAGCGUGCGAUGAUUGCCACUCAUUGCGCUAUAUUUUACACGGCCUGCAGCCGGGCGCACGAUAUGUGGUUCGUAUACGCGCGAAUAAUAUUCAUGGUUCCAGUAAUGCUAGUCAAGAAUCUGAUGUCCUACAAAUGGAGGAAGAAAACAUAGAUUCAUCAUUUGAACCACGCUUGGUGCAAUUAGAACAAGGAACGGAAUUCAAGCAAAAAUACGAUAUACAGGAGACACUCGGCAAGGGACGCUUUGGCAUUGUACACAAAGUCGUCGAUCGUAAAACCAACCAAAUAUUCGCGGCCAAAUUCAUUCGCUGUCGAUCAGCGAAAGAAAAAGACAAAGUCAAGGAGGAAAUUGACAUCAUGAAUCAACUCCGACAUGAACAACUGCUGCAAUUAGCUGCUGCUUUCGAUCAUCCGAAAGAAAUGAUCAUGGUGAUGGAAUUUAUUUCAGGUGGCGAAUUAUUUGAGCGUGUGGUGGCCGAUGACUUUACUCUUACGGAAAAAGACUGUAUCCUCUUCAUGAGACAGAUAUGUGAAGGCGUUGUUUAUAUGCAUAGUCAAAAUAUAGUUCAUUUAGAUUUAAAGCCAGAGAACAUUAUGUGCCAUACCAGAACAUCACACGAGAUCAAAAUUAUCGACUUUGGAUUGGCGCAGAAACUGGAUCCGGAUAAACCAGUGCGCGUCUUGUUUGGUACUCCGGAGUUUAUUUCGCCGGAAAUUAUCAACUACGAACCCAUCGGUGUUGCUUCGGAUAUGUGGAGUUUGGGUGUGAUUUGUUAUGUUUUAUUAUCGGGUUUGUCGCCAUUUAUGGGCGAAACGGAUGCAGACACUUUUGCAAAUAUCACUCGAGCUGAAUACGAUUUCGAUGACGAAGCCUUUGAUGCAGUGACGCAGAAUGCAAGAGAUUUCAUCGGCGGAUUAUUAAGAAAGCGCAAAGAAGAGAGAAUGUCUGCGGCCGAAUCCUUGCGACACAGUUGGUUAGAUCCGGAAAGUCAUCAGAAUACUGUCGUCAUUUCUACAGAUAAACUGAAGAAGUUCAUUAUUCGAAGAAAAUGGCAGAAAACUGGCAAUGCAAUUCGAGCGUUAGGACGAAUGGCUACUUUGUCCGCAAGUCGCCGUAAUUCUAAUACUACAAAUGCUCCUACAAUUCUGCCGAGUCAGAAAAUGAACGAAACAAAUACAUCUACUGGAAUGUCCAGUGUCGAUGAGGAGGAAGAUCCAAUUCGUGAGAAGAGAGUAGUGCGGAAUAGGAAUUUCAGCGAGAGAUCAGACAGUGGAAUUAGCGAUUGUCUAACUGUUUCACAAACUGCGACUAACACACAUCCUAUUUCAAUCACCAAUGAAUCAAAUGGUACAUCAAAACAUAUUUAUAACUCUGAAAUAGCUAAAAUCAAGGAGGAAGUACCCAAAAGCCUAUAGAACUACUGAAAAACACGAAGAAACACAACGAAAUACCAAAAUUUAAACAGACUGAUUUGCAUUUAGGAAAUGUCGAAAAUACUAAAACAAACCAUGCACAUUUUAAAACAGAAGAGCGUCCAAAUGUCGCGCCAAAUAGCGUAAAACUCUCAUCUCCACCUACAAAGUCAAGCAUCGCAAAUGUAAUACAGAGAUUUGAUCAAUUAGAUCGUGUGGCGUCACAAGGCAAAGGCAAGGUGGGUCAAGAAAGUGCAACUGACAGAAACAUCAUGGCUGCAAAUCCUUCUUUCAUAAGAAAGGUGCAAACACUGAGAAACAAAGAAAAGAGUGCUGCAGACGUGAAAUUACCCAAGGGUAACAUGGCCACAUCAGUUUUAGUGCGUAAUAUGAAGAAUAAAUUCGAAAAACCCGCUGAUAAAAGUGAAACUUUCAAAAAAGUUAGUGAGUUUUGGAAUAAUCAUGCGUAACAGUAGAAGUAGAGUUUUCUUCAUGAUGUUCUCACAGUAAGGGUGCUAUUAGAUUUAGUCCUCAGGUGUGUUAAUCUCUAAAUGGAAUUGUUAUUCAAUGUAAUCAAAUUGUACUAUUUUAAAUUAUUAACGAGAAUAAAUACAUAUUUAAAUCAAAAGGAAA